AUACGGAAAUCUUCAACGCCCACAUCACGUUCUAUUGAAGCUUAGGAGCUACGGCAUUCAGCGAUAAUCUCCUUCAAGACAAGACGUCAGUGAUUACUCCGAAACAAACGAUAGGUGAUACUUAAGUAGCUCGUCGUCGUCGAAGAGAGAAGGAUUUCUGUUUUAGGCAACAUGGAUCUUUCAGAUGAUUUUUACGGGAACUAUGACGAGAAUUCGUCUCUGUAUUCAUCAUUGCUGCCGUACGAGCCGAGCCCGUCGGAGCGAGUCUACAGCUGGCUUGUUCCGACCAUCUUCAGCGUGAUCACCCUGGCCGGACUCGCGGGCAACUUCGUGGUCAUCUACACCAUCUACUGCCACACGAAGAACAGGACGGUGACGAGUUAUUAUAUCUUGAAUCUGGCGCUCACGGAUAUAGCCUUUUUGCUCUGCUGUGCUCCCUUCACCGCCUCGGUGUACGCCACACCCACCUGGCUCUUCGGGAGGUUCAUGUGCAAGUUCGUUUUUUACAUGAUGCAGGUCAGCGCCCAAUCAACAUGUAUCACCUUAACAGCCAUGAGUGUAGAUCGAUACCAAGCAAUCGUGUAUCCCUUGAAAUCAUUACGUAAUAGGACACCGCAGAUAGCCCUAGUGGUCAGCGUUGGUAUAUGGACGUGCUCAGCAUUACUAGCCAUCCCGGUUGCGGUGUAUUUCGACGCUGUCCAAAACACGGAUGGCCAAGUGACGCGUUGCGAAGAGGUCUGGCCAAACAAGAUGAUGUUCCCUGGCUACGCGAUCUACACUUUCCUCCUCGUGUACGCCAUUCCGUUAAGCAUAAUCAGUGUGUGCUACACCAUUGUGCUGCUUCGCCUUUGGAAACAGAUACAACCCUGUGAGGAAACGCGCUCCAGCUCGCAGACGCGCUUCUUGAACCAAAAACGACGCAUCACGCGCAUGGUCCUCGCCGUCAUCAUCGCGUUCGCCGUAUGCUGGUUACCGCUGCACAUCAUCAAUCUUUGGCAGCGACUAGAUAAGAACUUCCCCAAAAACGAACUCACGCUCGCAUUGCAGACGACUGCGUACUGCAUGGCGUACGCAAAUUCCUGCGUGAAUCCCUUCGUUUACGCAUUCGUUGGAGGACGCUUCAGGGAGCGCGUAAGGAAAGCGUUUCCUGCUUUGUCGAGCAGAAAGCGAUCCCAAACAGACGCCCUCAUUUUAGAGAACAUUGGUAAACAUGACGAGAUACAUGAUGAACAGAGGCAUAGUCUUAUUACAUCGAAUGUAACACAAAGAGAAGCAGUAUAAUAAACAAUCGGAACAUUAAUUUACCAUGAACAUUCUAUGAAUUAUAAAUGUUUACAGUUAUAUAUAAUCAUUCAAAAUAUUUCAUGUUUAAUAUUAUUGAUGCAAUACUGUUUUAUGUUUUGAUCACUAUCAUGUUCACAUUGAUCUAACUUUUUUAUAUUGAUUAUGUUAAUCUCAUUUUACAGCUCAUCAAAGAAAAUGUAGAAUUGUAAAAUGUCCCCUUAAAAAUGUGCUUUGUAGUGGUUAGUGAUCUUCUUAACAGAGAAUUAAAUUUUGGUUGAAUUUGGCUUUUAUAAAAGCGAAAAAGUAAAGAAACAAAGUAUUAGAAAGAGUCAUUGUCUUAAGUU